UUUAGACAUCUUUUAUCUAUUUUAAACACAUUGUCAUUAGCAUAAAAUUAUGUAAUUUGUUAUUUUCUGUCAAGUCAUUUGAGGAACUUUAUUUCAAAGUUGAUAAUAUAAAAUAUCAAUUGAAGAUAACACUACAACGAGAGGAUCAUUUGAGAGUAUUAUGUCGGCAAAAAGCUUUUCCGAAUUCGGACCACUCGUUGGAGCUAUAGAUGAAGGUACUUCAAGUGCAAGAUUCAUCCUUUUCAAAGCCGGGACUGUUGAGGAGGUGGCCUCAUAUCAGGAAGAAUUAUCAUCCAUAUAUCCUCAAGAAGGAUGGGUGGAACAAGAUCCAAUGAUAAUUUUAGAUGUAGUUAGAAAAUGUAUUACUAAAACAGUUGAUCUGCUUAUUGCAAAAGGAGGAGAGGUAACAGAUAUUGUGGCUAUUGGUAUUACAAAUCAAAGAGAAUCUACGGUAAUGUGGGAUCGAAUAACUGGAAAACCCCUGCAUAACUCGAUAGUUUGGUUGGAUGUGAGGACUUCUUCCACAAUUGAACACCUUUUAGACCAAGUGCCAAACAAUUCCAGAAAUAAAAACUAUUUGAAAGUACUCUGUGGAUUGCCUUUGAAUCCAUAUUUUAGUGGUGUGAAAGCUAGGUGGUUGAAGGACAAUGUUCCUGCUAUAAAAAAAGCCUUGCAGUCUGGUAAUUGUAUGUUUGGAACAAUUGAUACCUGGCUCAUAUGGAAUUUAACAGGAGGAAUAAAUGGUGGUAAACAUAUUACAGACUGCACAAAUGCUUCCAGAACUAUGCUAAUGAAUAUAGAUACCUUGAAAUGGGAUCCUGUUCUACUGAACUUUUUUGACCUUCCUGAAACAAUGUUACCAACUAUAAAGUCCAGUUCUGAAGUUUAUGGAACAAUUUCUGAUGGACCCUUAGCUGGUAUUCCUAUUUCUGGAUGCUUAGGUGAUCAACAAGCAGCUUUAGUAGGUCAGAUGUGUCUAGGAAGGGGUGAAGCAAAGGCUACCUAUGGAACAGGCUGUUUUCUUCUAUAUAAUACAGGACCUACAAAAGUAGAGAGCUCACAUGGACUGUUGACUACUGUAGGUUAUAAAUUAGGACCCAACAAACCUACAGUUUACGCAUUAGAAGGUUCUGUUGCUAUAGCUGGAGCCGCUUUGAAUUGGCUUAGAGAUAAUUUGAACAUUCUUGAGAAUUUCAAGGAUGCUGAAAGAAAUGGUAGAGAAGCGGAGUCUGUUCAGUCAGGAGAAGUUUAUUUUGUACCUGCAUUUAGUGGGUUGUAUGCCCCUUAUUGGCAAGCAGAUGCAAGAGGAAUUAUAUGUGGUAUUACUGAAGAUACCACAUCCAAUCAUAUUAUUAGAGCAACACUAGAAGCUGUUUGCUUUCAAGUUAGGGAUAUUCUGGAUGCAAUGUGUAAGGAUUGCAAGACACCAUUGAAGAGAUUGAAGGUAGAUGGAGGUAUGACCGCGAAUUCCUUGCUCAUGCAACUUCAGGCAGACUUGGCUGGAAUAACGGUGGUAAAAUCAGCCGUACUUCAGAGCACAGCCCUUGGAGCCGCUAUGGCUGCUGGUUCUGCAGUAGGAUAUUGGAAUGUGCAAGCUGGUACUAUUAAUGUACCUUCUAAAACUUGGUAUCCUAUAUUCACAGAUGAUGAACGAGACGUUAAAUACAGUAGGUGGAAAAUGGCCAUUGAAAGAUCAUUGGGUUGGGACAUUUGAACAAAUAUCUGGUUAUUAUUAGUCUUAUUUAUUAUGUGAUUGGAAUAUAUGGUAUUGUUGAAUUAUUUUAAUUGUUAUAUGUUCUAUAUAUUUAUUGUUUUAUUCUGAAA